CUGAUGCGGGAUGAGUCAGGCUGUGUGAUGCUACUGGUGCUGCUCUCCGCUGCCAUUUCAUCCGCGCCGAUUAGCUCCAAACACUCAGCGAACACAGAAGGGAUCCUCCCCCUCCUCCUCCUCCUCCUCCUCUUCCUCGUCGUCCCGGCGGCCUGCCCCUCCCUCAGACACCGGCUGAGAACGGGGGCUCGGUCGGAACGGAGCUCCGGAUCCGUCUUGAAAGGAGCUGCACCUGCUCUGGGUGCGCUUCUCUCUCGCCCGUCCAGCGGGGCCUGCUCUAGCCGAGCCAGCCUGUGUGUGUUUUGUGUGUUUGUUUGUAAUCGCGCUUUAUGGAGUCCCUCUUUUGCGGCCUGAGCAUCGAUCCAGUCAGACUCGUCGGUGCCAUGGAGCUCCCAUCGGCCUGGUCCUGAACAGGCGGCGGAAGGGGGAAGGAAGAGGCGCAACUCCGGCCUAAAGCGGACCCGUUUCUCCCUGCAACUCGCGCCGACGCACGCGCACCUCGGGCGCUCACACCUCAGCAGACCUGAGCGGCGCGCGGAGCGACUGCAGUCAUGGAGGCCAUCUGGCUCUACCAGUUCCGCCUCAUCGUCAUCGGGGACUCCACGGUGGGCAAGUCGUGUCUGAUCCGGCGGUUCACGGAGGGUCGCUUCGCCCAGGUGUCCGACCCCACCGUGGGCGUGGAUUUCUUCUCCCGGCUGGUGGAGAUCGAGCCCGGGAAGCGGAUCAAGCUGCAAAUCUGGGACACCGCGGGGCAGGAGCGCUUCAGGUCUAUCACCAGAGCUUACUACCGUAACUCUGUGGGCGGGCUCCUCCUCUUCGACAUCACCAACCGCCGCUCCUUCCAGAAUGUCCACGACUGGCUGGAAGAGGCCCGCAGCCACGUCCAGCCGCACAGCAUCGUCUUCCUGCUGGUGGGCCACAAGUGCGACUUGGAGGCACAGCGCCAGGUGACCCGGCAAGAAGCAGAGAAACUGGCCGGGGCGUACGGCAUGCGCUACAUCGAGACGUCCGCCCGCGACGCCAUCAACGUGGAGCACGCCUUCACCGAGCUGACCCGGGAGAUCUUCGCCUUGGUCCGGUCCGGCGACAUCACCAUCCAGGAGGGCUGGGAGGGCGUGAAGAGCGGCUUCGUGCCCAACGUGGUUCACUCGUCGGAGGAGGUGACCAAGAGCGACCGCCGCUGCCUCUGUUGAUCUGGGAAGGGGCGUGGAUGGCGGUGGACGAAGGUUUGAAAAGGAGCGGGUGCCGCGCGGAACGGCUGGUGGACUGAGGCGAACCCGAAGCCCCCCCACCGAACUGAAACGGACUUCCUUCAGACCGGAUACAGAUUUGGACGGGCGAAGUGGUUCUGCUGGUUCCUGGUGUCAUCGGACAUCACGGUGGUCAUGGGGGCAGGACUCAGAGGGAGGGAUCCAUUUCUGUACAAGGUUUGGUUGGCGGCUCCUCCGUCUGAACUGCUUUCCCAGAAAGUCUCGCAAAGGCCUUAGCAAACCGGAUCUGUUACCAAGACUAUAUUGUUUUAAUUUCUCCCAUGACGCUUCUUCCAUUAAACGCCUCUCAAUAUGCAAUUUUUAUGAUAACAUAAAAAGAGAUCAUAUCUUUCUUUGGUCGUUUCUUUUAAGACAUCAUAUAACUGGCAUAAUUAGGUUAUAUUAGAGUAUACCCUUCCUUCUCCUGUUUCCCCUUUACUGACAUGUUGCUUCACAAUCCAGAAAUCAACUGAGGAGUCCUGGAGGUCUAAAACAAAACCUGAGCCUGUCCUUUUACUUCUUUUCAUACCAUUUAAACUUUUUUUUUUAACCUAUCUUCAUCUUACAACCCCAAACUUAGAUCUAUUUAUUUGGAAACCGUGUGAUAAUUCCAAGAUAAAUUAGUACAGGACUGUUAUGUGGAAGUGAAAUGGUACAUGGUUUUAAACCUUUAUAGAAAUAAAAAUCUGGCAACCGUGGCACGGAUUUGUAUUCACCCCUUUACCCUGAGAUCCCCGAAUAAAAUCCAGUGUCACCCACCUGGGCUGACAGGCCGUGUGAGAAAAGCCAGAGAAAAAGCCUAGAGGCUAGUUGUGUCUUUGGAGGAGCUGCAGCCAUCCUCAGCUCAGGUGGAAGAAUCUGUUGAUCAUCCCACACGGUGGUGGGAUGAUGUGGAAGGAAGGAUGAUGGGGCGACAUAAAGAGGAACCCUGGAAGAAAAGCUGUUAGAGGUGGAAAAAACUGGGCGUGGCCACGUGUUAGAAUGGCCCAGUCAAAGUCCAGACCUAAAUCCAAUUAAAAAGCUGUGGCAAGACUUGAAAACGGACAGUCACAGACCUUCUCCAUCCAAUCUACCCGAUCUUGAGCCACUUUGCAAAGAAGAAUUUGAAAGUAUUUCAAUUCCAGAUGUCCAACGCUGACAUGCUGCAAAAGGUCUCCUACACACACAUACACACACACACACACACACACACAGAUCGGUAGGCAACUUGGGGUUAAUUGCCUUGCAGAGGCUGUCACACUGAAAUGUGACAGGAAGCUAGAAUCAAACCCACAGCUUUCGGAUUGCAACACACCUGUUCUUCCCAAUAAGCCACAGUUGGCCACAAAGCAUCGACUAAAAGGACCGAAUACAUGUAUAGGUUACACGCGUUUCAUGAUUUUUGUUUGUAAAACAUUUUUAAAACGCGUCCCUUUCCUUCCACUUCACAAUCAUAGACAACGCUGUGUUGUCUUGUCACAUAAAAAAAAACAUUUAGCGGGUAAAAUGACUUUUGUUAGGCACUGAAUUCAGACCUCCAGUGAGCUCGAUGACGUUGACCUGGUUGCAACCUUUGUCAGUGUUAAAGUCACACAGUAACAACUCCUACCGCAGGAAGACACGUGUACAGCUGAGGUAACCCCUCUGGAGUAGUGGACUCGUGAAGCUCCAUGUGGGUCUGUGUUACUGAACGCAGGGAAGUGGGUUUACGGGACUUUCUGGGAGUUUGUUGGGACAGGAAAGCACCUUACCAGUCAAUUCUGUCUAACACAGGGAACGCCUUAUUUGGUAUAUUUUGGUUCUCCAAGGCCAAACCAACAGAGAUGGACUACAUCACACAAACGGACACUCGAUGAGCGGUCUCCACGGAAACGCUACAUAACCAACCAGGCACGCUUAGGAAAGAAGGAAAAUUAGCCCAGAACGGCCGCGCAAAGAAAGCGGACCUAGCCGACACGAUUCAUAGCCAUACUACAAGGUUCAGCUCUGUUCAGUAACAAGUAGGUCACGUCGCUUUUUUUAAUCUGUGAAAAUGCAACGUCAUGUAUAACUUUUUUUUUUUUAAAGCUUAAGUUCAACCCUGCAGUUUUACCUCAUCGCCAUAGUAGCUUUGCUAUAACAGAACAUGUGAGGCACACAAUCUAAAAUGGCCAUAAGAGAAGACUUAAAGUGGUUUAAAUGUGUCUUCUCAGUCACAGAUUUCAAACCUUACCUUUGCCUAACGUCGUUGAUUAUAUUUCAAGAUGCAUUCCAACCCCUGACAUGGAAAUUAAAGAAAUAAUGCUUA